CCAGCCCGCUAUAGCGUUACUUCUGUAGUUGAGGGCUGUUGUUUAAAUGAUAGCGGAAAGAAAAACAAACUGAAAAAGCGACAAGCAAAGGGAUCAGCCAUUUGAUAAAUCUAUAUUCUCCUGCUAAGGAAUUCUAUCUGCGUUGAAGAGACACGCUCGACUUUGUCUUCACUAUCCGUUUGGUUUAUUAUUAUUAUUGCUAAUCCAAGGGGGGACCAUGAAAGCUAUCAGUCCAGUGAGGUCGAUGAGAAGCUGUUACGAAGCGGUCUGCUGCAUCUCCGAACAGAGCCUUGCCAUCGCCCGGAGUAAAACCGCAACGGAGGAGCCCAUGAACGUCCUGUAUGACAUGAACGACUGCUAUUCGAAGCUGAAGGAGCUUGUGCCGAGCAUCCCGCAGAACAAGUCUGUCAGCCAGGUAGAAAUCUUGCAGCACGUCAUUGACUACAUCUUCGACUUGCAGAUAGCUCUGAAAGACGAAGAACCAACUGAAAAGACCUCUGACGUAGUCCUGUCAAUAAAGGCAUCAGAUUUUGGUUGCGACUUCACAUCUGGAGAGGGAACGCGUUUAUUCCAUUAGCACGCGAAGAACAUCGCCACGUACAUUUUUAAAAGUCUGCAGGUGUGGGAUAACGCAUGGCUUCACUUCAUACCAAGAGAAAGCGACAGAAGGGGUGCCUUUGGGCUAGAGAGAAGGGGAUGUGAUGGGGGGGGGGGGGGGGGGGGGCAAUCCCAAAUCGGAUGAGCCACCGUGAACUUUCAUUUUAGUUUUUGAAAAGCCUUGUUCCCAAAUAGUUGGAGUUGUUGCAGUACCGUUUUUAAUUUAAUUUUUUUUUUAUUUUGUAACCCUGCACAGUAAACCUAAAUGAUCAAUUGAAAAAGACUAUCUGGCUUUACUGCACAACUAACAGAUGCACCCUUUUGGAAUUGCUGAAGCGUAUGAAGUCCAACGCUUCUGUUUAAGAAUUUAAUUGUAUCACUUUUAUUUUAAACUGAAAUUGGGGGGUGGUGGGAAUGCAGAUGUCUGGACAGUAGUCAAGCAGGACUGGGGGGGGGUAUUGUUGGAAGAAUAUCUUCCAGAUGUUAUGUGGCACUCUAUAAUAGAGUUGAUUCUGAAAGUUUGCAGGGAUGAGAAUUUCUGCAGACAACAUUGUAUGCCAAGUUUUAUAAACUUUUAUAGAAGUAUGCUUUACAUGUACAUUUUUUCAUAAUAAAAAUAUUUUAAACCAUGUUCA